UGCGGCACCUCAUGUGGUUGAUGUGUGUGAUCAACCUUACGAGUGACGGAGUGUGAGAUCACGUCUGGUGGCUCCAAUAGGGUAUGAGGAGAGGUUGGUACAGGUCGAGGGGGAUGGUAGUGUUGAUGACUAAUGCUGGCGUGAUCAUCCCUCCACGACUAAAUGUUGCACAUCCACCACGACCACCAGGUUCGUCGCCGCAAUAGCGAUGAAAAUUGUAAUUUGCCUUUAUUGUAUUUUGAUUUGAAAGAUUGUAAAUGUUAUCGUAAAUGUUUAUCUUAUAUUGUUUUAAUGUUUUGAUUGUUGUUGAUUAGUAUCAUUUUAGAUUGUCGCAUCCUCAAAGACCAUAUUAUUUUUAGUGGUUAAAUGGACAGAGCCACUCUCAACAGAAAUCUAAUUACUCUUCAUGAGGUGGGUACCGUUUGAAGUAUUUGUGGGGUCUUAUAAGGUUUCCGAUAAUGAUUUUCAUGGUAAGGUUAUAGACUAAUAUAUAUAAAUGAUGAUUUUUUUAAUCAAUUACAAAUCACAAGGGCUUUUGUGUAUUAUUUCCUAUUUAUUCUUAAAAUUCUUGAUUCACAGUUCACCAAAAGCAUGCAUAUAGCUCCACCCUUGAUGCUAAAACAAUAUUGGCCAGUCAAUAAUACGAUUUCAUAUUGUUAAUCUUUAAAACAGUUUUCUUGAGAGGAAAAAAACCCAUUUAAACCAUUUUUAGGUUGUUUCUUUCUUUUCGUUUUGGGUUGUUUUUGGACGCGUGAUAAGAAAUGUCAUUUAGUGGGACAAUACAGAAAUGCAGGGCGUGUGAUAAAACUGUUCAUUUCGUUGAAAUGAUUUCUGCCGAUGGGAUCCCGUAUCAUAACACAUGUUUUAGAUGCGUCAAAUGCAACGGAAAACUUGCUAUGAGUAGCUACUUCCAAUUGGAUGGAUCACUCUAUUGCAAACCUCACUUCGAUCAAAAGUUCAAAGAGCUUGGAGGUGUCUCUAGAACGCCAUCGACGAACAGAACAAAUGAAAUGGGAAGGAGCCCUAGCAAACUUGCUAGUAAACUAUCUUCCAUGUUCUCUGGCACCCAGGAAAAAUGUGCAAAAUGUAACAAAACCGUGUAUCCACUGGAAAAGGUAACCGUGGAGGGAGAAUUUUACCAUAGCCAAUGCUUCAGAUGUGCUCAAGGAGGUUGCAAACUUACACCAUCAAACUAUGCGGCUUUGGAUGGAAAUUUAUUCUGCAAGCCACACUUUGCCCAAUUAUUCAAAGAGAAGGGUAAUUAUGCUGACUUCUCAAAAUCAGCCUCGACCAAAAAGAAUCCUGAACCACCCGAAGAGGCAUCUUCUAAAGAGUAGUAACAUCAUGGACCAACUCGACUGACUCCUUUUUAAGUUAUUUGUCAAAUUUGUUUGUCUUAUUGUUUGGUUAAAAAGUCAGAAAUUGAAAUUACUACAUAAAGUAUAUAUGUACAGAUAUGGAUUAAGUAAAAAAAAACCAAGCUGCA